AUGCCUUUUUUUUCUGUUAAUUUAAGAUUUAAUUUAUCAAUAUUAUUUUUUUUGAGAGUUUCUAGGUUAGGUGUUUACACUGUAAUAUUGGCGGGUUGGGCUUCUAAUUCAAAUUAUGCUUUAUUGGGAAGUUUACGAGCUGUAGCUCAAACAAUUUCUUUAGCUGAAACUAAUCGGACUCCUUUUGAUUUUGCUGAGGGGGAAUCUGAGUUAGUGUCUGGAUUUAAUGUUGAGUAUAGAAGAGGAGGUUUUGCGAUGAUUUUUUUAGCUGAAUAUAGCAGAAUUUUAUUCAUAAGUAUACUUUGUUGUAUAUUAUUUCUAGGAGGGGAUAUUUUUACUAUAAUAUUUUUUUUAAAAUUAGUUUUUAUUUCAUUUUUUUGA